AUGUCCGACUUUAACAUGGCUCUUCUCUCUUAUCUCAAUGAGCGCGAACAUGUAAACUGGUCGUACUACGAGUUUUUGACUCUUAACUGUGAUGUCAUUAUAUCUUUGUCAUCGAAUACAGAAGAUUGGAAUGGCCUAGAUGGUGCAUGGACAUACAGAUUUCUAAAAGAAGCAGAAGCGAUGCUUAAGCCAAAAGACUUUGAAACUUUAAAGGUCAAGGUGGAUUCCGAACAUUCAAAACAUGGAUUAAAGACCUAUUGGGAAAACGUUAUCCAUGAACAGAAAAAAUUGACAGUGAAACGCACCCACAUUCUUGGGAGUCUUGACCUCCUAGAUGAAGCCGGUAAACAUAAUGUCAAAGAUCUCUCUGAAGGGCUUUCAAAUUCUUUCCCUGUUGCAUCCAAGCAUGCACUUGAGAGUACGAACUUAAUUUCUCCUCAAGAGAAUAAGAAGAUUAAAAAUGGUGAAAAUGAAGUGUCAGUUGAAGAAGGUAUCUCUCAAGAGGACGUGUUGAACUCAGUUACUGAAACCUCCAAUAUCUUUAGAGAAGUUGAAUUCCCGGGGUAUUACGAUAAGCUCAAAAAAAUAUGGUGUACCCGUGAAGCAGGAUCAAAUUAUUAUGUAAUUGAUCUGAAAAAUAAAGAAGUUUUAAAAGAGGUACAUAAUCUUUUAGAUGAUGAAGAAUUAAAAUCGUUAUUUGAUAGAUUGGCUUUGGAAGACGAGAACAAAUAUAUAAACGAAGCCAUUUCCAAGAUGGAAAAAGUGGUCUAUAGUUUGGACGAAUUGACAACAAGAUUCAAUUACCUAUCCCACACUCUUCCUAUUCCAGCAGAACAAUAUGACGGGUUUUUAUACCCCGAUAUUCAUAUUAUUAGAAGCAUUUCGAGCCAUCUAAGUACAAUUAUAAGGAUGGAUGGAAUUGUCAAAAACACAACCGAAAGAUCAUGGACUGCGCAUAUAUUAGCAUAUAUGUUUUUUAUAAUGUUUAGUCACAUUACCUCUAUAAAAUAUUUUUCAUGUGAACGUACAAUUUCUACGAAAAUGGAUUCUCAAAUCAUAGAUUAUAAGGCGGAUGGGGUUGUGGAAUUAUUUGAAAGGCCAAACCAAAUUCCCUUAUUCGUACUUGAAGUCUCUGGUGAACCUAGUAAUCCAGAUCCUGAUAAAUUUGAAGAUGAUAGACAAAAGUUAAUGAAAGAAGGCGUAUUUGCGCUAAAUAAAUUCAUUAUUAGAACUGGCCUUCCAACAUAUGAGGUUUGUAAAACUUUGGGAGUUUUUCUUGCUCAAGGAUUUGAAGAUAAGCUUGAAAUCGGACAAAUAAUUUACAUUGGACCUGGUCUAUAUUUAUUUUCACCCUUUACGGAUCCAAAUCUUAUCAUCCCAACUUCUCCCUUUAAUUUAGAACAUGCAUCCAGAUUAAUUCGCACACUCCUUUGUUUGCGAUAUAAUGCCAUUAAAAAGAUCAAAAGUUUUCGGAAAUUCGAAAAAAAGUGCCAACGAUACAUUAUAAAUCCAAUAUCGAAAUAUGCUACCGGAUUUACACCAGACCGGCCUCAAACUGUGACGCUUUCCGAAUUUCUGCCCAAGGAAGAGACGUCUGGCAAGGUGGAUAGAAAUAGAAAGGAUAAUGUGACCAGAGGAAGGGGAAGAGGUCGUGGAAGAGGGAAAGGUCGUGGUUCAGAUUCACUAUAG